AGAUUAACCUCUUUGAUGACAAUCAGCUGUUCCAGAGCUAAAUAAAUAACAAAUAAUGAAAUCUGAACAAUUUUGAAUUAUCUCAACAAUUUUAGUUGUUAAUUGUCGAAAAUUACGGUGAAAAUGGUGGAAGAAACAUUGUCCUCAUCGAACAAGCCGAAGGUUAAAACUAAUAGGCCGAAAGCUGUGUACUCUUGGAGUGUAGCUGAUGUUUUGAAAUGGUUAGAAAGACAUUGUGGUGAAUAUUACAAUGAUUACGCUUCCAAUUUUGUAACACAUGAAGUAACCGGUAGGACACUUUUGAGAAUCAACGAUAAUUCACUACUCAGACUGGGGAUAACUGAUGUUCAACACAGGGAUGCUAUUUGGAGACAAAUACUCAAAUUGAGACUCAAAACUGAUAUUAUGGAAAUAAGGGAUAUACAAAAAAGAAAUACGAAUAACAUGUUUUAUGAUUAUUCUAUAGCGUAAUUAGUGAUUAUGAUUUUCAUAUUAAAGAAAAAUGGGGUACAACUUUAUUGCUUGUGAGAAGUUGUCAACACAAUACAUUCAAUAGUAAAGUACCAAAAAUA